AUGGUUUUCUCCGAUGCGCAGCGGAAGUGGGCGGGCCCCACACGCAAUUCGCGGUUUGCAACUUGCAAGCAUCGUGGGCCACCGUGCGACCACGUGACUGGCCAGUGGGCUGUGGCCUCUCCAGGACACUUUGCUACUGCUAGUGCUGCACCUGCACCGCUCGUCGUGGAGGAAGUGGUCAAGUGGAUGAUGAUUGGAGAUCCUACUCGGCUCCUCUUCACGCUCAUGCUCUCGUGCAAGAUCGCCGCCAUCCUCAUGCCAACUCUGCUCCGCGGCGCGUCUCAGGUCAUGGGGAUCCUCACCAUCCGCGGGAUUGCACGCCUUCUUCUUCGCCCGUCCGGGAACAGACGAUCCAGAUAUGUCUACGCUUGA